AACAGAGAGCAAGCGCCUGUGCAACCCCUCUGGGGGAAGAGAGAGAGAGAGAGAGGGAAGUCAAGCAUUUAGACUGAGGGAGGUUGUUAAAGCAGGGAAAUCUUGCGCCUGGAGAGAAGAGAAAGGGGCACACUUCCCCCUCUACCCUCCCCCUCGUUCAUCCUAAAGCUUUCCACUCCAGACCUCUGUGUGCGUGUGUGUGUCUAUGGACAACGGAUCGACGAUGCCCACGAACGGAAUUAACAAAGCCUUGAAGCUGCAGUUUGGCCUCAUCAACCACGAGAGCCGUUACCUAACGGCCGAGGCCUUCGGCUUCAAGGUGAACGCCUCGGCCUCCAGCAUGAAGAAGAAGCAGAUCUGGACUCUGGAGCAAGAGGACCAGGACACCCAGGUAGUGUUCCUUCGCAGCCACCUGGGCCGCUACCUGGCCUCCGACAAGGAUGGUAAGGUGAGCUGCGGGGCAGAGCAGCCCGACUCGCCCGGCUGCCGCUUCCUGAUCGUGGCCCAGUCGGACGGCCGCUGGGCACUGCAGUCGGAGACAUACCUGCGCUUCUUCGGAGGCUCGGCUGACUACCUGUCCUGCUUCGCCCAAGCCAUCGGGGAGCCCGAGCUGUGGGCCGUCCACCUGGCCCUCCACCCGCAAGCUAGCCUGCUCAGCGUGGCACGCAAACGCUACGCCCACCUGUUCGCCCGGGAAGGAGAGAUCUCGGUGGACAGCAACAUCCCCUGGGGCUCGGACUCCCUGGUCACCCUGGUCUACCUGGAAGGAAAGUACUUCCUGAAGACGUGCGACAGCCGCUUCCUCAGCAACGAUGGGAAGCUGGUCAAAGAGAACACCCCCACCACCAGCUUCACCCUGGAGCUCAAGUCGGGCAAGCUGGCCUUCAAGGACUGCGAUGGGAAGUACCUGACGCCCAUGGGCCCGACCGGCACGCUGCGCUCAGGCAGGUGCUCCAAGCCUGGCAAGGAUGAGCUGUUUGAUCUAGAGGAGAGCCACCCACAAGUCAUUUUCCAAGCAGCCAACAAAAGAUUUGUCUCCGUCAAACAAGGUGUGAGCAUCUCAGCCAACCAGGAUGUGGAGACAGACAUGGAGACCUUCCAGAUGGAGAUUGAUAAGGAGAGCAAGAAGUGCAUGUUUAGGACCAACGGCGGUAACUACUGGACACUGGUCUCCCACGGAGGGAUCCAGUCCACAGCCACGGAGGUGGAGGCCAACACAAUGUUUGACAUUGAGUGGCUCGGCCGCAGUGUAGCACUGAAGGCAAGCAAUGGGAAGUACGUGUGCACCAAAAAGAAUGGGCAGCUUUCAGCCGUCAGCGAUUCCGUAGGUGAUGAUGAGCUCUUCCUGAUGAAGCUCAUUAAUCGGCCCAUGUUGAUCCUGCGAGGGGAGAACGGUUUUGUGUGUCAUCACAAGAGUUCCAACACGCUGGAUGCCAACCGAUCUGUCUAUGACAUCUUCUCACUGCUCUUCAGCAAUGGCGCCUACCACAUAAAAAGCGUGGGUGGAAAGUUCUGGUAUGUCUCCUGCAGCGGCCUGGUGUGCUCAGACGGAGACAAGCCUGAGGACUUCUUCCUGGAGUUCCUGGAGCACGGGCGGGUGGGCAUCAAGGGCAAGAACGGCAAGUACCUGCGCGGGGACAGCGGCACGCUGAAGGGCAACGCUGCAACCGUGGACCCCUCCUGUCUCUGGGAGUACUAACCUGACGCGACCUCCGACGACCCCUGAAGCCCGUGGAGGGAGAAGGAGAGAGGGGGAGUGUGGAGGGAGAAGGAGAGAGGGGGAGUGUGGAGGGAGAAGGAGAGAGGGGGAGUGUGGAGGGAGAAGGAGAGAGGGAGGACCUGGUUCCCACCUGGGUUCACAGCUCAACCAACAACGAUACAGUACACAGACUGACCGGGGAUCAUUUUCACUACUCUCUUUUCUACUUUAGCUGCAAAGGAGAGGCCGCUCCCACUUCUUUGUUUUGUUUUGGCAAAAAGUGAAAAUGUAUAGAAAGUUAUUUCUUUGUGUUUAUUUUAUUAUAUUUGAUUUGUUUUCCAAAAAAAGCAUUGGUUACCUAAAUGUAGUUUUUUUCCAAGUGACAUUGCCAACAUCAACAACAGCGAAUACGUAAUGAAAUCUGCUAAUUUUGGUCACUCACACAGCCUAUACAAAAAAGCAUCAGAUACUGUAUACCGGUACUUAAAUUAUUAUCUGGAUGCCUGAAUAAAGGCAGCUUUUCACGUCAA